GGCUCAUGAAAUCAUAUAACCAUUGGGUGCAAAUUAGUUUUUUUUUGGUUGGCAAACUAAACAUUUAGUUUUAUCAAAUAAAAAAAAAAAAAACUAAACAUUUAGUUAAUUUCAAAAUUAUAGAAUUAGUGCUGAAUUUUAAUAAUUUUGUUUUAACACGCUUACUUACUGCUAAUGAGAACAAUAUUUUUCUGCUUUUCAAUUUCUGCUCAUCGUCAACAAAAACUUAUUACUAGUAAUUUCGUGGGUCGUUCUAAUUCUCUAAUAAGUCGUUUCCGCGUUAACUCCCUUUUGUUGAUCCCUUCUUCUACGUCUUAGUCUUCGCAUUGAUUUGGUCCCUCUCUUUUGUCAUUAACAACCCAAUCUUCUUCCUCAUCGACUCCACUUCUUCGCUCAUCCACGCAGGAAGGGAAGGUUUUAUUACUUAGCAAAAUCCAAUUCUUUCUGUGAGAUAUAUUACUUUUGAGAGAGAGACUGAGACAAUGUUUGGUUUGAGGAAAUCACCUGCUAAGCUUCCCAAGCACCACUCUGCUGAUCCUGGUUUCCACAAAUCUUCCAAGCCCAAUCCUUUCGACUCAGAUGAUGAACUGGACAACAACAACAAGAACAAACACACACUUAACCCCUCCAAGAGGACUUCCUCUGAACCUUCCUUGGCUGAAAUGACCACCACCAACCCUUUUGAUGGUGAUAAGGUUCAUACUUCUUCAUCCAAGCAGUCCUCUAACUCCAGAUACCAGUACAAGAACAACUUCCGCGACUCCGGAGGCGUUGAAAGCCAGUCUGUUCAGGAGCUUGAGGGCUAUGCUGUUUACAAGGCUGAGGAGACUACCAAAUCUGUACAGGGUUGUCUCAAGGUGGCUGAAGAUAUUAGGUCUGAUGCUACUAGGACUUUGGUCAUGUUGCACGAGCAGGGCGAGCAGAUCACCAGGACGCACCAUCAAGCUGUUGAAAUUGAUCAUGAUCUCAGUAGAGGUGAGAAGCUUCUUGGAAGCCUUGGAGGUAUGUUUUCAAAGACUUGGAAGCCCAAGAAGACUCGCCCUAUAAAUGGUCCUGUCAUAACUAGAGAUCACUCACCAACGAGAAGAAUUAACCACUUGGAGAAAAGGGAGAAACUGGGACUGAACCCAGCACCAAAAGCACAAUCAAGAAGCAGAGAACCGCUUCCUGAAUCAGCUGAUGCAUAUCAAAGAGUGGAGAUGGAAAAAGCUAAGCAAGACGAUGGGCUUUCAGAUUUGAGUGAUAUACUGGGAGAGCUAAAGAACAUGGCAGUUGACAUGGGAAGUGAAAUCGAAAAGCAGAAUAAAGGACUUGAUCAUCUUCAAGAUGAUGUUGACGAACUCAACUUCAGAGUCCAACAAUCUAACCAACGCGGCCGCCAUUUACUCCGAAAGUAAUGAACAGAUCUCACUAGUCACUACACUACUUGCUCUUUUGUUCGAUCUUCUCUGAUCUUCGUUGCUUAAAACUCAAGCCGGUUCUUAUCAUUGUUAUAUACGUUUCUGUCUAUGUUUGCAUUUGAUAUUAUGAUGAAAACACCAAUACUCUUUAUUGUGCAAACUUAGGCAAUCUUGCUGUUGUUUUUCUGUAUCAUAAAGAUGAAUAGUGUUUUUGAAUCCUAGAUUUAUGUAACCUUUACAGCAUCAGUGCUAAAGACACAAAGAUUAGACGAGAA